CCGCAGCAAUAAAAACAUUUACCGGUACAUGCUGUGAGAACUUGACAAAAACAUACAUAUUUGCAGGUUUCGAGGUGCAUAUAUCUACUAUUCAUAUCAUAAUGAAUAUAAUAUUGGUUACAUUUAUAGUUAUCUUACGAUUGUCAGUCGUAACCGCAGAUAAAUAUAAAAUAUUGCCGCCUUUAUUCAAAAUGGACGAUUACACGGAGUGUUUAAAGAAUAAUCAUUCAUAUUGCAAAAUAGAUGCAAAGUUAAAGAACAAAGGAUAUGAAAACAACUAUCUAUGGAACUUGAUUAAUGAUUCUGUUAAUGACAAAUACAGCUAUGAUCGGAGCGUUAUUCAUAGGGCCAUAUGUGUCCCAAAGCAGGAAGCUCUUGAUUUGCAAUCGGUUAAAAAGUUUGCUGAAUUACAUAUAAAUGAAGAAAUUAAAGAAACUAAUUUAUUUGCUCUAAUAGAAGAGGUUAUUUGUACCGCAGAGGAAGUUCAAAUAUUUGAGUUGUAUGAUGACUUGCUACUGUUUUCCUUAGUAACAUAUCUGUUCUUAAUUUUAUACGCUACAGUAUACGAUAAACAGAGGAGAACAUGUUCAGGCAGAAAUACCGAGAAUAAGAUUUUAAUGUCAUUAUCAUUAAUUUCAAAUUGGAGAAAAGUAUGUAAUAUCGAAGGAAAUGAAGAUUAUAAGAAAUUAAAGUCAAUCCAGGGAAUUCGGUUCUACAACAUGUUACUAAUUAUAAGUGUGCACACAUUAUUUAGUUGUACUACACUCUACAACUCAAAUCCUAAUGAUAUGGAAAAACUGCUCAGUACCACCGCAGCGCAAAUUUAUGUAGUUUUAGCAGUUUUCUUAGUGCAGACGUUUUUCCUGACAUCUUCCUUUAUUGCAACUUUUCAAAUAUACAAAAUUUAUGAAGAUCAUGGGCAUUUCACUAUCAAACAGUCUCUUGACAUCAUCAUCAAAAGGUUAUUUAGGAUUGGAGUAUGUUCAACUAUAAUGUUACUUUUUAUGAAAACUUCUUGGUAUAAAUUAAUUGAGGGGCCUCUUACCUUUGAUAGCUUGGAUAUGACUCAAAAAGCAUGCAAACAGAACUGGUGGCAAACUUUAUGCUUUGUGAAUAACUACUUACAAUUUGGGGAUAUAUGUCAUCCCCCUUCGUGGUAUUUGUCUGUGGAUUUUCAACUGUACAUUAUGACAGUAAUCACAAUUUAUUUUAUUUUAAAAUAUAAACUGGAUGAGUUUAAAACAGUUGGCUUCCUAAUAUUUUUUUCCUGUAUGUUGUACGGAUCUGUCAUAUACGUCAGUGAUACGGAUAUAAUCUGGAGGCUCAAUGUAAAUACUUUGAAGAAAAACAUGCUUUUUUACUGGGAAUCGUCAAGGAUAUUAUACUCUUCAACAUAUUCCAGCUGGACUACAAGCUUGGUCGGCAUGUUAUUGGGAAUUAUAUACACAAGAUAUAAGAAUGGCCGUAACGUCAGUAACAAAGUAACAUCCAUAUUAUGGCUUUUAAUAUUUUUUGGUCUGCCUUCUGCAGUAAUAUUCAUAGCGGGACACGAAUUCAGAGGGAUUCAAGCAGCAAUUUUCGGAUCCUUGGUCAAACCCCUAUUUUCUUUAGGCAUUGGGAUCGGUAUUUUAGGAAUGUCACAUAAUAUGGGAGGCCUUAUUAAACGCAUAUGUGAAAAUAAAUAUGUCUUGGUGAUGAGUAAUUUCUCAUUUGCGACUUACAUAUUUCAAUAUAUGAUUAUAUUUCCUUACAAAGGAAUUGGAACUUACUCGUUGAUGGAAAUUAAUUUGACUAAAAUGGUAAAAUACUUUUUAAUUGUUGAUGCACCAGUUUCAAUAAUGGUUGGAAUUAUUUGCAAGUUAAUCUUCGAGCAGCCUGGAAUUAAUUUACAAAAAUUAUUCUUACCACAAGUACCUCUUAGGAAGCACAAUCGAGAAAAGGGUGAAUAAAAUAAAUUAUUGUAGAAAAUUGACUUUAUUUUCUCUUGUUUUUGUUAUUAUUUCAUUAAACG